AUGGAAGAUCCACAACUAGCUACUGUAACGAGCAGUAAACCAGUUAACGUUGUUGUCGGAAGUAUGUGCACAUUCGUCCCAAACCGGGAUAGACGAGCUUGCGAUUCGAUGUACAACUCACCAAUACCGGUUACAUUUUGGGGGAAGAAUUUCAUUGUUCCUCCUUUAAAACCGAAAACCGGUUACUCUAUUCGAAUAUAUCCUAGAACACUAAACACGACUGUGAAUAUAGAAUAUUACAACAGUACUGUGCAUAGGAAUAUAACAUUUAAGGGCAUGAAAGAGUUAUUGAUGGAAACCAACGAUUAUCCAGUCAAAUCAACCAACAAGUUUGACUGUAUAAGGAAAAAUGGUCAAAACAAUGACAUUUCAGUGUUACAUCCUGAUGACUUGGUCUGCUUUGACUGUGACUAUACAACAGCAUUGUCAUACUGUGACAUUAUAAAAACGUGCGGAAUAAACCAGAUGUGCUAUCUCCAGCGGACAAAUGGUCCACAUGGUCAUAUUCACUACGCGUCGGGCUGCACAGACAUGCAGGUAUGCACCCAACACAAUCAGACGAACGGACGAACAUCAAAUGACAUGUGUUUGCAAUGUUGCGAUAGAAGCUUCUGCAACUCGCACGGGUGCGGAGAUAAUGGUUUCCCGAUGAAAGAGUCGCGUGGUCCAAUUUGUCUUGACUGCAGCUUUGCAAGCGAUCCAAAAGCGUGCGAUAAAGUCACAAUAUGUGGUCUUGAUGAGCUAUGCCAUAUUGAAGAACUGCCAUGGGGAGCUAACUCCAUAUUUCACCUCGGUUGCAAAUCUAAACGUGAAUGCGCAUUGUGGACUGGAUCACCCGCUGAUUAUACAGACGCGUCCUUCGACGAUCAGGGUGCAGUAAUACAGAGGUCGGUUCCGCUGUGCAAGGCAUGUUGCCAAGACGACUAUUGCAACAGGAACUGCACGAGUCACAACAGCAACAACCAAGGGAUUAUUGUUGGAUAAUUUGGUGUUUAGUUAAAGCAUUGAUUAUAAAAAAUGAAUGGCAAAUUAGGGAUAGGUUUUCAUUUACAUCUUUUUUUUAAUCUUACAUUCUAACAAA